AUGUUAUCGUUACAGACAGCAUACCACAAACCCGAUGUGUUUCGGUGCCAAAAUAUGGAAUUCAGCGAAAAUUCCGAUCAGUACAAAAUCCUAACUGUUAUUCACGUGAAGUAUGCUGGUAUUAUAUGUGGCCUUAUUGGUUUGUUAGCUACAAUUGCUGGAUUUAGCUUCGGAGUGGCAUACUUCCCUUGGUCCCUGUACGACACGUCCUUUGACGCCAUAGCGCUCAUAGGACUUAUCAUUUUCUUGGUAUCUGGAGUGGGUAUACACUACAUGCUAUUACAUGCAAUUCAUUUUACUAAGUUCCGAUUAGUCAUGCCGUUCCUUAUCUACCAUGCGUUUCUCAUCUCUCUGAAUGCCAUCACUGCUUUGAUAGCUAUCGGCGAACUUGUUGCUGACCAGAACCCACAAAUGGACGUUAGCGACAUCACCGCCAGAGGUGUAUUGUUGAUUGUACCGAUCGUUAGCUGCAUUCAAGCACUUAUGCUCAUCAUAAUGACAAAAGUACGAGUUUAUCUGAGAGAUAAACGGCGCUAUAUACGGAAUGGACUACCACCGCCGAUACGUGAAGUGAUACAACCUGGUACUGAACACUUUGCACAUAUUCAUAAUAAGAUUUACGCGGAAUCUUCCUCACCAAAUGUGCAACGCUCAUGUUCAGCACAAGACCUACGUAAUGGCAAGGAUUAA